AUGGAGGAGGUGUGGAACGACAUGUCGCUGUGCUCCACCCCGCUCGCGCUACAGUCGUACCACCUCCACUCCCCGGCCGCCGCUCCCUACCGCGGCGCCGCUGUCUACCCCCAGGACUACCUGGCCGGCGCGCCCCGCACGCCGCCGUCUCACACGGCGCUCACCCUGGAGUUCACCUGCCCCGGGGGGACCGGCGCUGCCAACACGGCCACCAGCUCCGGCGACGACCCAGCCGGCUGCCACUUUGGCUUCUCCGCGUCCGGAGGCGGCACCAGGAGGGCCGUGGUCCAGCCGGCGCCGGCGGUGGGCGGCGACCGGCGGCAGCGCCGGAUGGUCAAGAACCGGGAGUCGGCGGCGCGGUCGCGGGCGAGGAAGCAGGCCCACACCAAUGAGAUGGAGCUGGAGCUGGAGCAGCUGCGCCGGGAGAACAGGAUGCUUAUCCAGCGCGAGCAGGACUUCAUCAACGAUCGCUUGGCGAAAGCGGCGCAGGUAGCCGUCCCCGACUGCAGCAGCAGCAGGAGGAACACUAGUAGUACCCUCCAGCAGCAGCAGAGGUGCCGCUCCGCCCCUGCACCAUGA